AUGGCGACGAAACAGCACAAUCCAAAUGCGAGCCUUUCUCGAGAAACCGCGCCGAAUGGUAUGCAACAACAUCGACCGCAGCAGCAACAGCAGCAACUCCAACAACCAACGGCGACGACGACGACAACUGCGAUGAUGAAUGCCUCAAAUAGCAUGGAAAAUUCCUGGGCGCAAGCGUAUAGCGCCGCGAUGUAUAAUCAACAACAACAAAAAGGAGGAAACGUCACGCAGGAAACGCCGACGGGAUUAGCGCCCCCUCACUUCCACAAUCCACACCUGGCGGCAAGUUUAAACAACCCAGCAUUUGCGGCACACUUACUCAUGGCAACAAGCGCGUUACAACCGCAAGCGAAUGGGCUCUCUCCGGACAUGGCAGCGGUGGCCGCGGCAGGUAUGAUGAUGGGAGCACCUCCUUUAUAUCCACAACAAAAUCCACAAAAACCGACGAAAACUCUCGCUGUUGGUAAUACUGGACACCCGCAAAAACAGGGUGCUCAAAUAAAAUUGGCAAAUAUAAAAAGAGAGAUGAACCAGCACCCACCUCUGACAACCAACAACAACAAUAACAACAAUAACAACAAUAACAACGCCAUCACUAAAGACAGGAAGAGAUUGAACAACAGUAGCGCUUCGUUGACGACGACGACGACCACAACGACCACUACUACUCCUCCUGAUGCCACCAUCAUCAACAACAACAACAAAACCAGCAGAAACAAGACCGCGCAAGCCACCGUAGUAUCACCGAUAGCCACUAUUGAUACCUCGAAUAAAACACCCACCGCGGACGACCGAGAGUUGAAACGGCAAAGAAGAAAACAGUCCAACAGAGAGUCGGCGAGACGUUCUAGACUCCGGAAGCAAGCGGAAACGGAGGAACUAGGUAACAUAUUAGAACGGUACGCGACAGAAAAUAUGAAACUGAGAGAAGCGGUGGAAAAGCUCGCUUCAGAGCGCGACAUUCGCACGGAAAACGAAAGCGUGCUUGCAAAGUGCAUCGAGGACGCGGGCAACAAAGUUCCAGACCUGAAACAGGUGGAGAAGCCGUUCGUCGUCUCCUCGCUCGAGUUAUUUUCAUCAAACAACAUUAACAACAACGACGGGUCCGAUACCACCACGAAUAGCGGCGGCGGUGAAGGUACAAACAACUCCACCGAUGGAUAA